AUGAGAAACAGGGCCACUACACCGUUGAAGCCGGUGCAAAAGCCGAAAGUCCGGCAAUCAUGGAGCAAAUACAACCUGUUUAACCUCAAUCGGAUGCAAACACCCAACACCUUCUACCGGUCGUUCUUCCAGCAGAAAUGGACCGCCAAAUCCCUGGCCCGAGCAUACCACGGCGAACAACUGCCCGAGAAGCACUGGCAGCGCAUGUUCAACCCCCGGAUUCGCAGCGUCGUGCCUAUGGACCCCUACAAACUGGCCGCCGAUGACGGUUCUGCCAUGUCGGCUGGUCGUGGAUCAGGUCUCUCAAACGAGAAGUCCUUCAAGCCUCGGCCAAUUCCUUUCUCGCAGAUGACCUUUGCGCCGUUGGAGCGUCGGUUGGACGUGGCCAUCCACCGGGCUAUGUUUGCUAGCAGUACCCGACAGGCUCGGCAGUUUGUGGUCCACGGUGCGGUCACUGUCAACGGACAGAAGAUGAGAUACCCUAGUUACCUCCUCAACCCCGGUGACCUUUUCCAGGUCGAUCCCGAACGUGUCAUGUACGCCACCGGUGCGCCCAAGGACAAGAACGAGCGUCGAGAGAGCCGUGUCGCCCGCAAAAAGGCCGCGGAGAAGCCGGCGGAGGGCGAGGAGGGCGCCGCCGAGGAAUCCACCGAGAACAAGGAGGCGGAGACGGAAGUCGAGAACAAGAAAGCUGAAGAGGAAGACCCGCGCGAAACGCUGAAGGCUCUGCUGGCUCAGGCCAAGGUCAUCAUGGGCAGCAACAAGGAGGUGCUCCCCGCCAAGCGCAAGCAGGAACUGCGUGGAUUCCAGAAGGCCGUCAAGCGAGUCCUCUCUCGCUCCGACUCCAGCACCAUCCUGGCGGACAACCUGGAGGCGCAGUUCUCCCAGCUGACCCUGCUCUUGAAGGCCAAGAAGGCUGAGGCCAAGGACUCCAAGGACUCCAAGGCACCCAAGCAGGAGCAGUCGAGCGACAAGACUGCGGCUGCCUCCGAGGCUGCCUCCGACGAAGCCACGGCCAGCGAGGCCAAGCCCGGCGAGGCCCUGACCGAGGCCUUCCGCCAGGCCGCCGAGAACCCUGAGGGCGAGGUCGAUACGUCGGAGCUCAGCGAGGAAGAAUUCAACGUGCUCAAGCGGGCUCUCGUGCAAAUGCGCGACAACCCCAUCGACAGCAGCAAGCCCUACGCCACUCCCUGGCGCCCUCGCGAGUACAUGAGCGCCUUCGCCUACAUCCCCCGCUACCUGGAAGUCAACCACAACAUCUGCGCCGCCGUCUACCUCCGACACCCCGUGGCCCGACCUGGCUUCUCGGAAGUGCCUUCGCCGUUCGGCGAGUCCGUUAGCACCUUGGCCUUUACCUGGUACUUGCGACGACGGUAA